CCAGGCAGUGGAGGAAAUGCGGAACCGCGUGGUUUUAGGGGAGUUCGGGGUUCGCAAUGUUCAUACCACCAACUUUCCCGGUAACUAUUCGGGCUACGAUGAUGCCUGGGACCAGGACCGCUUCGAAAAGCAUGGACAGAGCAGAGCACUCUCCGGUAAAGGUGCUGAAUCAAGACAACACUCAGAAAGGAUUACCAGAGCAUCAAGAAGGAACACGAGGAGGAUAACAGAUUUGUGACAGAAUUGCAUAGGGGAGCUGAGGCUGAAGGCAGAAACUAAGAUUGUGAUCGUGGAAACAGCACGGGAGACAGAAGGUAAAUUUGGUGGUUGCUUGGAUGUGGGCUGUGGAGGGGGGAGUGUAAAAUUAGCUUGUUGGGGAACUACUUUGAUGGAUGGUGGUGUCGUUUACUGAUGAGAAAUGGGUCUGGGGAGAGGGACUGUUGAUGCAUUUAGUUUCCUGUGGAUGGAGAAGUCUAGCAGGCUAGCAGGAGAUAUAUAUGAGAUCAGAAGUGAGAUACAAUUUGGGGAGUUGUCCGUACAGAUAGUUGCUAAAACCAUGAGUGGGGUUGAGGUCACCCUGGAGAGACACAAACACUUGGGAAGUGGUACCAUGUAUAUAGUAGGUGGAAGCUUGUGAAUUUAGUAGAAGGCUUGAUCAGACAAGAAGGAAGAGAACAGAAGAUUGGUGCUCAGAAAUCAAGGCAGUAGAGUUUGGAAACGGGAUUCUCUCAACAAUGCCAGGUGCAAGGGAGGUGUCUAGUAAGAUAAGGAUUGAGUAGUAUCAACUGGACUGAGCAGUACGUGAGCCUAUUCUUAGCAAAAUAGCCUCUGUGGAUGGCCUGGCUGGAAGCCAUAUUGCAGAGGGUUUUAAAUGAAUUGAAGGUACAAAUGAAGACUUUUCCAGAAACUAAUAAAUGAUUGGGGGAGAGAGGGACAUCUGGGCAAAGGGAGGUUCUUGAGGGGAAUAUCUGGGGGGAGGUAUUGACUGUAUAGAGAGCAGGCUUCAUUUAGUGUUUUCCUGUUCCUUUAGAAUUUCCGCGUGGAUGUGGUACACAUGGAUGAAAACUCAUUGGAGUUUGACAUGGUGGGAAUCGACGCAGCCAUUGCCAAUGCUUUUCGACGCAUUCUAUUAGCUGAGGUGCCAACCAUGGCUGUGGAGAAGGUCCUGGUGUACAACAACACUUCCAUUGUCCAGGAUGAGAUCCUCGCUCACCGCUUGGGGCUCAUCCCCAUUCAUGCUGAUCCCCGCCUUUUUGAAUAUCGGAACCAAGGAGAUGAAGAAGGCACAGAGAUAGAUACCCUGCAGUUUCGGCUGCAGGUCAGGUGCACUCGGAACCCCCACGCCGCUAAAGAUUCCUCUGACCCCAAUGAGCUCUAUGUCAACCACAAAGUGUACACCAGGCACAUGACAUGGGUCCCCCUGGGGAACCAGGCUGACCUCUUCCCGGAGGGCACCAUCCGACCGGUACAUGAUGAUAUCCUCAUCGCUCAGCUGCGGCCUGGCCAGGAGGUUGACCUGCUCAUGCACUGCGUCAAGGGCAUUGGCAAAGAUCAUGCCAAGUUUUCACCUGUGGCAACAGCCAGUUACCGGCUUCUGCCGGACAUCACCCUGCUUGAGCCUGUGGAAGGGGAUGCGGCUGAGGAGCUGAGCCGGUGCUUCUCACCUGGUGUUAUUGAGGUGCAAGAAAUCCAAGGUAAAAAGGUGGCCAGAGUUGCCAAUCCCCGGCUAGAUACCUUCAGCAGGGAAGUCUUCCGGAAUGAGAAGCUAAAGAAGGUUGUACGGCUUGCUCGUGUUCGGAACCAUUACAUCUUCUCUGUUGAGUCAACAGGGGUGUUGCCACCAGACGUGCUGGUGAGUGAAGCCAUCAAGGUACUGAUGGGGAAAUGCCGGCGCUUCUUGGAUGAACUGGAUGCGGUUCAGAUGGAUUGAGGCUGCGCUGGACUUGGCAUGGCUGGGAUUGGAUGCUCCUGAGGCAAGCUGAAGAUUUUAGAUUCUGACCUGCCCCCACAGGACUGCUGUAGAGAGCCCAGAGACUAGGGGUCCUGAGUUUUCUGGGGACAAUUCCAGCUUUAUUUUCAGUCAAUACACUUCGUUAAAUGUGCCACAAAAUGUGACUUUUAUGCCUUUGUAAGGUCUUAAUGUAAAUAAAUUCACAUCCA